CCAUGGGAAACAAACAAAGCCGAGAAAAUGGAGGAUCGAGUGGUGGAAGUAGUGGUAAAGGAGCUACCAACACUUCCUCAUCCACCUCAUCCACUUCCUUCACAACCUCUUCGGCUACUAGGCAAUUACGGAAGAUCCUCCCUUCUAAGAAACAUCACGAACAUCCUGUAACGCAAAUCUGUAAGCCCAUGAUGUCUGUGAAUGUACACGGCUUCCUCAAGUUUGAUGAACAUGGCGAAGGUUUGGACGAACGAGUUAUCACUAUUGAUUUUCCUCAACCAGCUGCUGAUCUUUCCUGCGGAUGGUUGGUGGACCAAGCACAAGAGCGAUUCCGGGAACUGGGUGCACCUGGUCACCUCGUGGGUCUUAAGGAGUUCGGAGACAAAGCUGAUCAGGAAGCCAAGGACACUUGGUUGAUGGACUUCAAAAGGCCACUCACUUGUUUGAGACCGAACGAGGAUCUCGAGGCGAUUUUCAGCGUCGAUGAUCUAGGGGCCUCUUCCUACGCAUCGAAGGCUACUCUAACUGAUUUUGAAUUCCUCAAGGUUAUCGGGGAUGGCGCAAGUUGUUCUGUUAUCUUGGUUCGUCGUCGAGAUAACGGUAAACUAUAUGCUGUUAAAAUGAUGACCAAGGAGAGGAUUCUAUCUAACAACAAGAGAAUGGAACGUGCAAUGAUGGAACGUAAAGUUUUGGCCAAGGCCAGGCAUCCUUUCAUAGUUACUAUGUAUUGGGCUUUCCAAACGCGCUCCCACCUGUACUUUGUUCUCGAGUUCUGCGCAGGAGGUGAACUCUUCUAUCACAUGAUGCAGCGAGGCCAUUUCGAUGAAUCAACUGCCAAGUUCUACUUCUGUGAAGUCCUUCUCGGUCUGGAGUAUCUGCAUUCUCAGAAUGUUCUGUACCGGGAUCUGAAGCCCGAGAACGUAUUGUUGGACUUGGAUGGCCAUGUGAGGUUGACUGAUUUCGGAUUAUCGAAGGAAAGCAAAGCAGAUCCUACCUCGCAACUGACGUCCUUUGUCGGCACCGCUGGGUACUUGAGUCCCGAGAUGAUCAAACGAGAAGGUCAUGGGAAGCCCUUGGAUUUCUACUGCCUCGGAUGCCUACUCUAUGUGAUGCUCACAGGCAGUCUUCCCCACUUCCAAGGCAACUGGGAUGAAAUGUUCGCACGAAGGGUUACUGGGGAAAGUCUCUCGUAUCCACCCUGGGUAUCAGCUGCAGCACGGGACAUGUGCGACAGACUUUUAGAGGCAGACCCCAAGAUAAGACUCGGAUCUAAGAAGGGUGCCAGGGAAAUCAAAGAUCAUCCUUGGGUUAGGGAUAUGGAAUGGGAGAAGCUCUUCCGGAAGCAGAUCAAGCCACCAAUCGACCCAAGCAAAACGAAGAAGAACUUCUCUCCAGAAUUCACUGAAAAGCCAGUUGAAGCGGUUAAAGCGCGUGCCAUGAAAGGAGCUGCAGUGGCAGCCCCUAAGGUGAAAGAAGGAGCAUUCCAAGGGUGGAGCUAUGUCGAAGGUCCACCGAAUAGUUCUGAACCUGGAAUGCCCCCGACUAUCAGAGAGUGAAGCAUUUCAAGAGCCAUACCCAUUAUGCUUCAGUCAAGUUCUCUCAGUCAAGGUCUUAUUAAAUCUCGUUUCUUUAUCCCAUAAUUGCUCGAGC